ACUCCUUUCCCUUCCCAUCCCUCGCCUCGCGUAACGUCGAGGCGCCUCAUCCCGCGGAAGAGACGUUCGUUCCUCGAAUUGCAUUUCGAAGGAAAGAAUGAGGAGUCGCGACAGAAGCCGCGGAGGGAAACCUUAAAGCUCGCUGGGGAGGCGGGUCUGCAGACUCCGUGUGUGGGUCGGAGCCUAGCUCGAAGCGAAAGGAAAGCGCAGAAGGAAAAAAAAAACAAGACAAAACGCCGCGCACUCACAAAAAGGGCAAAGAAAGGAAGAAAAAAAAGGAAAGAGCCGAGCGGCACGGCGCGAGGUGGAAAAUGGAGUAGCUGCCGGCCGCGCGGCUCUGAGACCCGGGCUCGCUGAGCUCUGGGCAGCGAGCUCCCUCUCCCAGUCUCGGUCUCUCGUUCGUUAACCCCCUUCGAGGCAACGGUGUCCAUGCGGGCCGGAAAGCGCGUAGCCGGGGACGGUGAGCCCACUCCCGCGUGAGGGAGGCCGCCCGCUCGCUCGCCAGCCUGCCGGCUUUGCUUUCACUUUUCUGUCCACGUUCCUUGGACUACGCCGCAGCUCUCUGAGUGGACACCCGAACCCUGAACCCCUGCUGUGAACGGCAUCCUUCGCCGCUUGUGCUGCUUACUGGUUUUACUGGGUUGCCUCUACGUCGGGAAAAAUGGCGGACCUGGAGGCGGUGCUGGCCGAUGUCAGCUACCUGAUGGCGAUGGAGAAGAGCAAAUCGACCCCUGCUGCCCGGGCAAGCAAGAAGAUCUUUCUGCCGGAGCCCAGCAUCCGCAGUGUAAUGCAAAAAUAUCUACAGGAAAGAGACGAGCUGACCUUCGACAAAAUCUUCAACCAGAAAAUCGGUUUCCUGCUCUUCAAAGAUUUUUGCAUGAAUGAGAUUGAUGAGGCUGUCCCCCAACUGAAAUUCUAUGAGGAGAUUAAGGAAUAUGAGAAACUGGACUCGGAGGAGGAGCGUCUCUGCAGAAGUCGUCAGAUUUAUGAUAAAUACAUCAUGAAGGAGCUGCUGUCCUGCUCUCAUCCUUUUUCCAAGAAGGCUGUAGACCAUGUGCAGACCAACCUUGCCAAGAAACAAGUACCACCAAGCCUCUUUCAGCCAUACAUUGAGGAGAUCUGUGACAGUCUUCGUGGCAAGAUAUUUCAGAAGUUCAUUGAAAGUGACAAAUUCACUCGUUUUUGUCAGUGGAAGAAUGUGGAGCUGAACAUACAUUUGACAAUGAACGAUUUCAGCGUUCACAGAAUUAUUGGCCGAGGUGGCUUCGGGGAGGUCUACGGCUGCAGAAAGGCAGACACUGGAAAAAUGUAUGCCAUGAAGUGUCUGGACAAAAAAAGAAUAAAAAUGAAGCAAGGCGAGACACUGGCUUUGAAUGAGAGGAUCAUGCUGUCUCUUGUCAGUACAGGGGACUGUCCCUUCAUUGUGUGUAUGACCUAUGCCUUUCACACUCCAGACAAACUCUGCUUCAUCCUUGACCUCAUGAAUGGAGGAGACCUGCACUACCAUCUCUCUCAGCAUGGUGUGUUUUCUGAGAAGGAGAUGCGCUUCUAUGCAGCAGAGAUCAUCCUGGGACUUGAACAUAUGCACAAUCGGUUUGUGGUGUACAGAGACCUUAAGCCUGCAAAUAUCCUUUUGGAUGAGCACGGACAUGUACGGAUCUCAGACCUUGGCCUAGCCUGUGAUUUCUCAAAGAAGAAGCCACAUGCCAGUGUGGGGACGCAUGGGUACAUGGCUCCUGAAGUUCUGCAGAAAGGCACAGCGUACGACAGCAGUGCUGACUGGUUUUCCUUGGGAUGCAUGCUCUUCAAACUUCUUCGAGGUCACAGUCCCUUCCGGCAGCACAAAACCAAAGACAAGCACGAAAUUGAUCGGAUGACCCUCACAAUGAAUGUUGAGCUGCCAGAUUCCUUUUCCCCAGAGCUAAAGUCUUUGUUGGAGGGGCUUCUUCAGCGUGAUGUGGCUAAGAGGCUUGGCUGUUUAGGCCGUGGGGCUCACGAAGUCAAGGAACACCCAUUCUUCAAGGGAAUUGACUGGCAGCAGGUCUAUCUACAAAAAUAUGCACCUCCUCUGAUUCCGCCACGGGGAGAGGUGAAUGCUGCGGAUGCCUUUGACAUUGGUUCCUUUGAUGAAGAGGACACUAAAGGCAUCAAGCUGCUGGACAGCGAUCAGGAGCUCUAUAAAAACUUUCCUCUGGUGAUCUCCGAGCGCUGGCAGCAGGAAGUGGCAGAGACGGUGUAUGAGGCAGUCAAUGCUGACACAGACAAGAAUGAAGCAAGGAAGCGAGCGAAGAACAAGCUGCUAGGCCAUGAGGAAGACUACGCUUUAGGGAAAGACUGCAUUAUGCAUGGCUACAUGCUGAAGUUGGGGAACCCUUUCCUGACCCAGUGGCAGCGACGAUAUUUCUACUUAUUUCCAAAUCGUGUAGAGUGGAGAGGGGAAGGCGAGUCAAGGCAAAACCUGCUAACGAUGGAGCAGAUUGUCUCGGUGGAAGAGACGCAAAUAAAAGACAAGAAGUGCAUCUUGUUACGAAUCAAAGGAGGGAAGCAGUUUGUCCUACAGUGUGAGAGUGAUCCCGAGUUUGUGCAGUGGAAGAAGGAGCUGACAGAGGCCUUCCUUGAAGCCCAGAAACUGCUGCGUCGGGCCCCCAAGGUCAUUGUCAAGACACGGGCUCCUGUCGUGGAGCUGUCCAAGCCUCCGUUGACCCACCGAAGUAGCAAUGGUCUCUAGAGAAGGGACAGAAUGCUUCUCCUCCGUGACAGUGCCCCCGGCGCCCGGUCCCCUGCUUGGUUUCAGCAUCGGACAAGGACGUUUGUAUAUAUUUGAUGACAUAUCACAAGAUGUUAAUUUUUCUCCUCGGGCCGGAGGCCGCACUGUGCUACUGUAUUUGGCUGGGUCUCCCUCCCAGCUCACUCGUUUAUUUUGUUUUUAUUUUGACUGCGGCAGCUUGGGAAAGUGAAAGUGUCUUGGAUUCCGCUUACUCUGAGCCCCCCCACAACCCCUCCUCUCCUGGCAUCUUGUGUUUUUUCCGCCUUUUUUUUUUUUUUUUUACCUUUGAACUUAACAGGUGAAAACAGCCAGCAGGAGGCAAUGUGGCUGCUUUAUUUUGUUUGGAAAUAAGAAAUUAAUGUGAAUUGGGGGCAGCAGUGGUGGUCCCACCAGGCAGCCACCCUGAAGACCAUUUUUAUCUUCGUACAUGUUUGCUGCAGCAUCACCAAGGGAGCCCCUCCACGUAACUCCCACCCUCUAGCGACUCCAGCCCUUGGCUUGCAUCUCUUUUUAGUGGAUCUGCUGGGAGAGACUCGGGUUUUGCUUGGACAACUGGAGGGGAAGCAGAAACACGUGUGUGUGUGUGUGUGUGUGUGAGAGAGAGAGAGAGGGGUGGGGGGCUUUGAAAGGAGCCAGGGGUCAAUGGGGUAGUUUUGUUCUCUGCAUUUUUUUUUGUUUUUUUUACGCAAGCUUUUGUCUGUUUUUUUCUCUCAAUGUGCCAUAAGGUGCCAAGGAUGUGAACAUGUCUGAGUGUUGCAAAGGGUGGCAUUUAUAAACAAAAAAAAAAA